AUGUCCAUUGAAAAACCAUUCCGAUUGCAAACUAUUGGAGAUCACGAAGGAGUGGAACGUUAUUAUUUACGCUCCCUUCAGUGUCCUUAUCGUUAUCGACAUGUGGUUAUAUCAAUGGUAAUUCCAACAAAACACGAGCAAGAUAAAUUGUUACGCAAGUAUUCUUUUUCGCAUUACAUAAAGAUGUCUCGUGUUUAUCAACCAAUUAAAUCAAAUCAUGAAUCUCGGCCUUUUUCAGAAUUUCGCUAUUUGUUAAAGCUUCAAAGGCUUCACCUUUCACCCGAUGUUUUUCCAUUCGCCUUUAGUAGGGGUUUCACUGGUUCGUCAGGGAGCUCUAUUUUUCGUCCUUCACCGGCUUUAGGUCUCGCUUUUCGUCAUUUACAUAAAACCACGCCAGUCCAAAAUAAUAUGGAUGAGUAUAAUAAAAUCCUCAACAUUCAGCGUGCUGCCAGACCUAUCUCUCCUCAUAUGACCAUUUAUCAACCUCAAAUAACGUGGUAUAUGUCCGGUUUCCACAGAAUUACUGGGGGCGCUUUGGCAACCGCUCUUUAUGGGGGUGCUAUAGCAUAUGCUAUCCAAGGUCAAUUAGGAUUAGGAUUAAAUUCUGAUGCACUUAUCGCUGAAAUAGCCACACUUCCAGCUUCCCUUAAAUUUGCUGGAAAAUUCGCUUUAGCUUUUCCAUUUACUUUUCAUACUUUUAACGGUGUCAGACAUUUGAUUUGGGAUACUGGAAGUGCGUUAACACUCAAAGGUGUUUAUGCUACAGGUUAUACUGUCUUAGGACUCUCUGCCAUUUCCACUCUUGGAUUGUGUAUGAUUUAA